GCUAUUCACCCUAUACAUACAUCAUGUUUCCUAAAACCCCAUUAGCAAACAGCAACAUAAGCCCUACCACUACUAAUAAAAAAACUACUGCCAGCCCCACUAACGCCGCACUCGGGUUCAUAGACCAGCUGCUGAACAAGAUUCCCUUGCCAAGAUGGGCUAUUUACAUCAUCUUUACCGUCAUCGUCUUGCUGAUUUUGGUGUGUAUUAUUUGGGUCUGUGUGAAAUGCUGUUGCAAGAGCAAGAAAGAGAGAAAGAACAAGCCGGACCAUCAGAUCAAUCUACAAGGGGUGACUGGUUCCACGACUACAUCGCUAGUCCAACCUGGCUCGGAUGAUGCAGACUAUGGCUCAGCUAAAAACCGGGGAAGACUACUCUACUCUCUGGAAUACAAGGCACAAGAGCUGACCGUGGGGAUUAAACAGGCUGCAGCGCUGCCAGCUAUGGACCUGGGUGGCACCUCUGACCCCUAUAUUAAAGUCUACAUUACCCCCAAAAAGUCAAAGACAUUAGAGACUAAGGUCUACAGGAAAACCCUUAACCCCGUUUUCAAUGAACACUUCAAAUUUGAGAUUGACAAAGCUGAGCUCAAUGAGUCCACCAUAGUCAUGAAGGUGUUCGACUUCGAUAGGUUCUCUAAACACGACAUCAUUGGGGAGCUGAGGCUGCAGCUCGGAACCAUCGACUGGAACCAUGUGAUCGAGGAGUGGAAAGACCUUAGUGAACCCUCCAAGUCUGAGGAUAUAAUUCUGGGGGAGAUCUGCUUCUCGUUGCGUUACGUCCCCACCACCAGCAAACUGACUGUUGUCAUCCUGGAAGCCAAGAACCUAAAGAGUAUGGAUGUAGGGGGCUCAUCAGAUCCCUAUGUAAAAGUGCAGCUAGCUCUGGACAAGAAGAAGUGGAAGAGAAAGAAGACGUCUGUUAAAAAGUGCACACAAAAUCCCUACUUCAACGAAUCUUUUACAUUCGUGGUGUCUUUUGAACAAAUUCAAAAGGUUCAGCUGGUGAUUUCCGUGUGGGACCAUGACAAGUUUACCAGGAACGAUGCUAUUGGGAAGAUCUUCCUGGGUUGUGAUGCUGCAGGGAACCAGCUGAGGCACUGGGCAGACAUGCUGUCCAAUCCCCGUAAGCCUGUGGCCCAGUGGCACAACCUGUUUUCCAGCGAACAGGUGGACUCCACCCUCGACCUCAAACACUCAGUCAGGAUCCCCUUCAUUAAUAAGAACUUUUGAGAAAACUUAGACUCACUUGCCAGACUCAUGGCACUUCAGCGGUUGUGGGAAGAGGCUAGAAAGAAAUCCUCUUCAGUGGCCUGACAUAACCAGCUUCCGUCCUCUACUUCAAUAAGCUAAUAGCAGCUUGGAGGCUCUUGCACUUUUAAACGCUGAAAAAUAUUCCAAUAUGUAUGCUGGACAUUCGGAUUUAAAUAGUUGAUGUAUAUGCUGCAAUUUUUAUAGACAUUUCAUGAAAUGAAUCCGUGAUAGGUCCAACUAUUUUCUAUGUAGCCCAUUGAUUAUUGGUUUUAUAAUCAAGCUGAAUAUAGCAUUACAGUCAAACUUGAAUGCUGCACAUACAGUAUGACUAGCAUACAAAAAGACCCCAUGUUGAUUUUAAGAUUGUGUUCAUUUCAAAUGUCAUUACUAUACUGAACAAAAAUAUAAACGCAACAUACACCAAUUUCAACAA